AUGGCGGCUGUGUCUUCAAAAUGGGUUUCUUUUCUUCUACUUUUCUUGUGCAUUGUUCUUCAUUUGAGUGCUAUCACUCAUGGUGACGACAAACUCGACAAAACUAGGUUUGGUGACGAUAACUGUGGGUUUAGUCGAAGAGGCUGUGGUGGUCGGUUUGGUGGUGGACGUGGAGGGGGACGAGGAGGUGGUGGAGGUUUAGGUGGUGGUGCUGGAGGAGGUGUUGGUGGAGGCGGUGGUUUUGGUGGGGGAGGUGGAGGUGGUGUUGGUGGUGGGUCGGGUCAUGGUGGAGGCUUUGGAGCUGGAGGUGGUGUAGGUGGCGGGCUCGGAGGUGGUGCUGGAGGAGGUGGAGGCGGCGGCGGAGGCGGUGGUGGAGGCGGUGUUGGUGGUGGGUCAGGUCAUGGUGGAGGCUUUGGAGCAGGAGGUGGUGUAGGUGGUGGUCUUGGAGGCGGUGCUGGUGGGGGAGGAGGCGGUGGAGGCGGAGGAGGGGGUGGGGGUGGUAUCGGUGGCGGUUCAGGUCACGGCGGGGGCUUCGGGGCAGGAGGCGGUGUAGGUGGUGGUCUUGGAGGCGGUGCUAGUGGAGGAGGAGGUGGUGGCCUUGGAGGUGGUGCUGGUGGAGGCGGUGGGGGAGGAGGAGGUGGUGGAGGCAUAGGUGGAGGAUCAGGCCACGGAGGCGGCUUUGGUGCAGGUGGUGGUGUAGGAGGUGGUGCUGGAGGUGGUUUAGGUGGCGGCAGGGGUGGUGGAGCAGGUGGUGGGUUUGGAGUUGGAAUAGGCGUUGGUGUAGGAGUUGGAGUUGGUGCAGGUGCUGGCCAGGGAUCUGGUAGUGGUUCUGGCCGUGGUAACGAUGGCAGACAUUAA